AUCCAAGGUCACGGCAGCAAUUAUACGGACAACGAGUGGGAGGUCACAGUCGUCAGAUACUAAGACCCAGCAAGAAAACAGGAACAACGUUAAACGUCUGGGAAGCAAAGGAAAAAGAAAUUCAUAAACGGAACUUCCUUCUCGUUCUUGCGAGGACCAGUCUACAGUGUGUCGACGCCUUUCCCCUCAUAUUCCAGACAGAAUGCCCAAGUCCACAGCACCAAAAUGGAACUUGGGAAAACCACUGGCUCUCAUAUUCGCAGUUGCUGUGAUUGUCGCGCUGUUUUCUCUACGCGGAUAUUCUCAGGAGAAUAAGAAUAAACGUCCCGGAUCCAGAGGGAGAAACGAGGCAGUUCUCCGCAAACCGAAGGCUGAGACGAGGCGUCCGACUGAUGGUCAGGCACUGAUAACGUACAUCCGGCAACACCUCAUACGCCCGCCAGCGACGGCAGCAUACAACCUCACAUAUCCGGAAAAAUCUCAUUUCACGCAAUACUCUCGCCAAACUCAAAAUGCGUAUGGCAUCUUUAAUGCAAAGUCUAAGGGCGUGUUCGUGGAGGCCCGCGCUCGGGACGGGGAGGAGAGAAGCCACACCUUGUACUUCGAAAAGCAUCUCUCCUGGACCGGAAUCCUUAUCGAGCCUGACCCUUCGCUCUUCGAAACCCUGAUGUCGAAGAAUCGCCGGGCCUUUGCUGUUCAUGCUACCCUCGCAACGUCUGAUAGCAGCGUUACGUCCAGUCUCAGCAGGUUAACGAGCAACAGUCUUCCGGGCCCGCCAGUGACCAGCGUUCCCCUUUUCUCUGUCUUGCAAGCCCUCAACACAACGCGCAUCGACUUCCUCUCACUCGACGUGGAGGGCGCGGAGCUACAGGUUUUGCAGACGAUCCCAUGGGACAGAGUGAAGGUUCGCCUGAUGUGCGUGAAAGCAAAUCGUGUUCCAGGCGGACCCACGUUUCUUACGCAGUACAUGGAAGAGCAGGGGUAUGCUUCUCUUGGCCUGACGGAGAAUGAUAUCUGGUUUGCCUUUUUGUGAAAGUGUAACACUUGUGACACCAAUAUACAUGUUCUCUCCAAACAUUUCAUAUUUCCUUUUAUUGUAGAAAAGUGUUUCUGUUAUGAAAAGUGUUAAAAACAGAAAGGUUAAAAA